AUGUAUGUGGCCAAUGAAAAACCCGAAGAAUUAAAAAAUCCUGAAAAAGCAGCAAAACCUCUGCGAAUUGAUCACAGUCGUGUCCAUUAUGAAAAUGGCAGAUUGACAGAAAUGUUGCAUGCAAAUUUAACAGAAAUAUCAGCAAAUCAGCACCGUCAACUUAUGUCGAGGAACAACGAAAUCAAAGAAAUUCGUCAAAGUGUGGAAGACUAUAAGGCAAUAAUAAAAACUCAGAAACGGACAAACAAAGGGGUGAUGAGGCCACAGACAUCUUCGGUUUAUCUCAGUAAGAGAAAGAGGACGCCGUCACCGAGUAUCAAACGACCAACCCGCAGCUCCGCAGUCACCCCAACUGUUGGCGUAAAUGACGAGAGUGAUUCGGACGAGAGCACCGUAUAUGAUGACGACCCUUUCAGAUAUCCAAGAACCAAAUCAGCACCAGCAGUCAAUCGGAAGAGUUCGGUGGUAUCAGCAGUGUCAAACAGUUCUUUCAGAUCUACCUCUGUCAAAUCGGGCUCAACUGUCUUCCAAACACAGUUAGGAACAGAACCACAAUGGCCAACUCCAAACCAAAGCCGGCGUCCAGUAUCAUUAGGGAAUGGGAGCGGGAAACAUAUGUAUAAAGAACCCGAACCACCGUUUGUGCAAUUUCAAAAUGAAUGGGAUGAAGGUGAUGGAUUUAAGAUGAUUUGUGGUGGGAAUCAAACGCUGUCGAGGCGUCAACUGAAACAACUAACCAAUGUAGAUAGGUUUAUACAUGAUGAGAGAAGAAAACGAUACGCAAGAUAUUACGAAGCGUUGAUAAAAAAUCGAGAUGAAAGAAAUCAACUAGAUGCUCGCGUGAAAGACUUUAUCAAGAGCUUAUUGGAUAGAAAAUGUCCAUCGGAAUAUUCAGCUUGA